AUCUCUGUAGGGCUCGCUGAAGAGGUCUGCGCUCUAGUGCGCACGCGCUCUUCGGAUUAAUGUCAGGGCACAAAACUGGCGCUACAACGUUUCCAGCUCUCCUCCGGUGGUUGCCUUAGUGAUGGACGGGGAGUCAGAGCCAAACCCUGUUGUGGCCGAGGAAGUAGAGGAGAGGGCGGAGCUCCUCGACGCCACUCCUUCCUCCCCGCAGCCGUCCCCGCCUCCCGCUGAGGAGUCUGGGGAGCCAGUAUCCAUGGAAACGGGCGAUGAAGCCACAAAGGAGGGCGGCACGGAGGACAACGACGACGACGUGGUCCUUGUAGAAGAGGAGGCGGCCGGGAAGCCCGCCCCCUCUCCAGGCGAACCCAACGCGGAGAGCGCCGAGCAGUCAGCUGUUGAGGCUGCAGAUGCUGCAGCAGAGGACACAGCAGCGAUGCCUUCCAGGAGCCCCGACUCUCCCCCGUCUUCCAACGAGUCCGUGACGGCCCAGAAGCCUCCCCCCGCAGCGCCAGAGCCCAUCGUCAUUGAUGACGAGGAGGACUGUGAACAGAAAGAGACCUCUUCCCUCUCGCCUGUGCCCCCCGGGGACUCCUCUGCGUCCCACUCACCCGGUACCCUCAGCAACAACGAUCCAGAUUCAGAGAUCCGGAUCUCCAGCGUUACCACACUGGGCUCCGACAACCAGAGAAGCUCUGCGGUUUCCGCAGCAGGCACGCCGCCACAUCCAGAGGAUGCCCAGGCAGACAUAAACCUGAUGAUAACGUCUGUGACGUCCCUCCAAGGCGGAGCAGCAGCUGUUGUGGAGGCAGGCGAAAACGAGACGGAGGAGAACGGUCUGCAGAUCAGCAGUGCCUUCAGUCUGAAUCCUGAAACCCCAUCUGCUCGACCCACCACCUCCUUUAACCCCGGCCGAGGCUCCGGCUCCGCCAGCCAGCUGGUUCAGAACGGGGAAACGGGGACGCACAAAGGAGCAGACUCAUGGAUCUCUCAGUCGGCCUCAGUUCCCCGCAACCAAAAGCAAACAGGGGUGGACUCCCCAUCGCCUGCCACCUCGCUGACCAAGCCUGCAGGCCAGUCUUCCUCCUCUACUUCCUCCUCAGGCUCCCAGACUCAACCCCGGACAGUCAAGGUGACCUGUGCAAACUGUAGAAAGCCUCUGAAGAAAGGCCAAACAGCCUACCAGCGAAAAGGCUCCUCCCACUUGUUCUGCUCCACCACUUGUCUCUCCGCCUUUUCACACAAACCUGCACCCAAGAAGACCUGCACCAUGUGCAAAAAGGACAUCACACACAUUAAGGGCACCAUUGUGGCCCAGGUAGACUCUAGCGAGUCUUUUCAGGAGUUCUGUACGACUGGCUGCUUGGGUGCGUACGAGAACAAGAACAACCCGCCUAAAACAGGCCUGAAAAACAAAUGCACCGUCUGCGGAAAACUCACAGAGAUCCGGCAUGAGGUUAGCUUUAAAAAUGUGACCCAUAAGAUCUGCAGCGACACGUGUUUCAACGUUUACCGCAAGGCCAACGGGCUGAUCAUGAACUGCUGCGAGCAAUGUGGCGACUACCUGCCCAGUCGGGCUUCGGCCAACCACUUCCUGCUGGUCGACGGCCAGCAGAAACGCUUCUGCUGCCAGAACUGCAUCAGGGAUUUCAAACAGGCCCACAGUAAACUUGCCAGCUGUAUGACUUGUAAAACACUAAUCAAGACCGGCGAGGUGCUCCAAAGCCUCGGAUCAGGCGGCUCCAUGAGCUCCUACUGCUCCGUCAGCUGUAUGAACAAGGGCAAGCUCACAUCACUCAUCAACAAAGAACCUACGUGUCAUUUCUGUAAAAGAAGCUCAUUACCGCAGUACCAGGCCACGCUGCCAGAGGGCAGCAUCCUCAACUUCUGCAGCUCCCAAUGUGUUACCAAGUUCCAGAAUACAACCCUUCAGACCACCACCAAUGGUCAGACGCCCCUCAGCAACAGCUCUGUCCAGCUGAAAUGUAACUACUGCCGAGGAGCCUUCAACUUGAAGCCUGAAAUUCUGGAGUGGCAGGACAAGGUGUAUCAAUUUUGUAAUAAGACAUGUUGUGAGGAUUACAAGAAGCUCCACUGCAUUGUGACGUUCUGUGAGUACUGCCAGGAAGAGAAGACCCUUCAUGAGAUGGUCAAGUUCUCUGGUGUCAAGAGGCCCUUCUGCAGCGAAGGGUGUAAGCUACUGUUUAAACAGGAUUUCAUCAGACGGCUGGGGCUCAAGUGCGUGAGCUGCAACCACUGCAACCAGCUCUGCAAGAGAGGCAUCACCCGGGAGCUCGGCGGCAUGACCCGCGACUUCUGCAGCGAGGCGUGCGCCAAGAAGUUCAACGACUGGUACUUCAAGGCUGCAAGAUGCGACUGCUGCAAGGUGCAAGGAAACCUGACCGAGUCUGUGAUGUGGAGAUCAGAGAUGAAGCAUUUCUGCGACCAGGAGUGUCUGUUGAGGUUCUACUGUCAGCAGAACGAUCCCAUCAUGGUGACGCAGAAGGGACCGGAGAACACCACGUUGGGUAACGAGAUGCAAGGAGCAAAAGCUGGGCUGGUGAAUCAGGGUGCUGUGGCAUACUCCAGUGGCGGCGUGAUUCGAGAUGUGAAGAACAAGGCGGUGCUCUGCAAGCCCCUCACCCUGACCAAAGCCACCUACUGCAAACCACACAUGCAGAGCAAACAUCUACAGACGGAUGUAGAUGAUGGCGUGAAGAGGGAGUAUAUUCCUGUCCCCAUACCUGUGCCCGUCUUCAUCCCAAUGCCCAUGAACAUGUAUGCCCAGGUCACCCCUACUCCAGUCUCUAUGCCCGUACCGGUUCCUGUGCCUGUGUUUCUGCCCACCACCCUGCAGGGGGCAGAACAGAUUAUUCAGACCAUGAAAGAUCUGAAAAGCGAGGUGCCCUCUGAUACCGUGGAGGCCGAUGUGAUUAUAAAAGAUGACGAGAAGCCAGACGUGAAGCCAUUGAUAGGGAAGAGGAAGCGUGUAAAAGAAGAGUCCUCCGGCUGUAGCUUCGGGGAAGAGGAGCACGUGAAGGAAGAAGAGGAGGAGGAGGAGAAGUACGACCCCGACCUGGACCUAGAGGCAGACUUCCCUCAAGCCUCAGAGCCUGUUCCGGUGCUGGAAGGAAUGGACGAGGACAUGGGCUUUUCUUUGCCUCCCGUCCUAGCAGAGGAGAAAGAGGAGCCGCAGGAGUCUGGACCUCAACCAAAGCCCAGGAAACUGGGAAAUAAGAGGCAGGCCGUGGAGGAUUUGCCUUCAUCCUCUCCAUCACAUCCAAAUAGCAACCUAGAAGGCAGAUCGCUGCCCCUUAAAUCUCGCUACGGCAUCAAUGCCUGGAAACGCUGGGCGCUGUCCCUCUCCGACCAAUCAGAAGACACCAAAGAAAAGGAUACCUCCAAACAAACACGGUCGAGAAGUAACCUGCUGUCGUUGAACGCAGACGAGCUGAAUGUUGCUCUGUCGCGAUUCGUCAGGGAAGUCUGCAGGCCCAACGGGGAGCGCUACUCUCCAGACAGCAUCCUCUACCUCUGUCUGGGAAUCCAGCAGCAUCUUAACGCCAAAGGCCGGAAGGAUGAUCUGUUCAGUGACCCGUGUUACCAGCAGUUUGGAGAGGAGCUCAACAAGGUGCUCAAAGACUGGCAGCCCAGCGUGCUUCCUGAUGGCGCACUGUGGGGUCGAGUGGAGGAGCAGAGCCUGUGGAGCAGUCAGCACCUCGGGGGGCAGAGUCCAGCCUCCCUGCUCCGCUCUCUGGUUUACCUCAACACCAAAUACUUUGGCCUGCGCACCGUGGAGCAGCACCUGCGCCUCUCCUUCGCUAACGUUUACGGGCCCGACACCAUCCAUCCUGUCAGCAAGGAGAGCACCAUCUGCAUCCGCGUGCCCUCCAUCUCUCAGGACCACCAUGGCGAGGUGGAGGCAGAAUCCAGGAAGAGGAAGCGGCAGCUGAACGAGGACGGACCGGAUGAAAACGACGGCUCUGUUUGCUGCCCAGUAAAGAAGCACGAGUGUCGUCUCUAUGAGCUCUAUAGAUCCAAGUGUCCGCCGUUGCUGUGGGAACGCCUCGACGUCUUCUACGUCCAGCCGGAUCCCGCCUGCAGCCCCAGCGACCCGGUGUGGUUCAGCUCGGCUCCCCUGGAGCGCCAGAUCCUAGAAAGCCUCCUGACUAGAGUCCUCCUGGUCAGAGACAUUUACACAGACAAGCCACUCCUGGAGGAAGAUGACGACGACGAAGAGGACCACGGGGAAGAAGUCGGAGGAGAGUAGCGUCGGCUUGAACUUUGUUUAGUAGAACCUGAGAAGAACGCGUAGGGUAACCUAGUAGUACAUGUCCCCUUUAUCCUCGUCUCUUCACCGACUUUAGUGACUUAUUGUUUCCUCCUGGCGAGGGACACCCACAGCAAGCAGAGGAUGCUUACAGUGGUGGUGAAAAGCAGCCCAGACUUUUGCUUCUGCCUCAAAAAGGAAUGCAGACGACAUAACCUUUGAUUUCAGAAGGUGGUGGAAAAGCACGGCCACGUAGGAGAACCAAGAGCAACGACUUUAUGAUAUAAAGUAGUGAGCUGGAGCUUCUUCAGACCAUGAGAUGCGCCCAAACAAGAGUUAGAGAUGGGUGUGGGUGUGAAGGGAUAUCAGGAUAUUUUUCAAAAACACACUUCUGAGAUGCAGGUUUUAGUUUUCAGUCCAGCAGCUCGGAGAUAUAGGAAACAAACCAAUCAUCCCUCAGGCCGCCUCCAAAAAGGGAAUCACUGUUUCACGUUCACGUCCUUUUUACCGUCACUGGGUGGAGAGCAGAAAGCAGCACAUUGGGUACAAGAGAAGUGAAUGAGUUCAUGCUAAAAACCAGCAACACACAAAGAAAGUGUGAGGAGAGUACCACAAGGUGAAGGGGGAGAGAGAACCACGUUCUCAGUUCAGUAGGGCCCAUUUCUGCAAGAAUAAUGGCGUCAAUGUUUGGUCAUGUUUAAUUUUGCAUAUUGAGUUUAAAACAUCCAAGAAAAACAAAGUCCACAUUGGAUCUUUGCGUUUAAUUUGCUCAGUUGUGAAACACUUGGUUUGGGGGACAGGCCUCGCUUUCUCUGCAGUGUUUUAUAUAAAGGAGAGCAUGACACGUUAAUUACAGCAGUAAUUGGAUCACCUUUGAGAUUCUGAGGGUUUUUGGCUUCUUAAAGUCCGUAUUCUCAUCCCACGUGGUUUUAUACUAACGUGUUCAUAGAUUAACUCCUUAAGAGAAUUUCGCCCUGUUAGUCCACCAACACUGACACACAGUGUGUCGUUUUUCUGGUUGUUAGAUCCCAUUAUGACAGUAAACUGGUUGUGUAUCAAUAAUAAUAAUACAUGCACGGUGUACUGUAUCCCCUGUUCGGAGACGUUGAGAUCAGAGAUGUACCGAUCGGGUAUUUUGUGGCGGCCAAUUUCCGAUCUUUCCGAUUUGUGGAAGCUUUGGCCAAAUUAUGCCAGUUUUAGUAAAUUGUGUUUCCUCCUUUAAAAGUUAUUAAAAGUAAAAAUACUU